AUGGCGCCGCAUAGUGGGAGUGUUUUUGCGACUUCUCUGCAGUAUUUGGCUCGUUCCUUGUCCAAACUUGACGACCCACCAUGGGAAAAGGUUCACCAGCUGCAGCAGAUGUGCCCACAGCCUUCAUUUCUAGGGGCUUCGGGGUUCAGGAUCGACCCUCGACGUCAGGAUGCUGUUACUGCCCUCGGAAUCUUCCUCCUUGAGUCUGAAAUGAAAUUCAAGGAUAAACUCAUCCCAUAUUUGAUUGAUUUGAUGAUGGGUCUUGCCUCGGCACAGUGGUGCGAACAUGCUGGCUAUAAAGCUAAAGAGAGCCUGCCGAUGAGUGAAAACUUUGCAUUUUGCAUCACAACUUUGUUGUCGGAUGUAGCAGUUAAAGAACCCUCGUUCAGGGAUCAGAUUCUAGCAGCACAACUUGAAGCUUUUCAGUCAUUGGCUAAACUGUGUCAUCAAAUAGGAGAUCAAGCUCAAGGUCCAUCAUGCCACUUUAUUGUACCUGCCCUCUUCGGGAUAUCCAGAGCUUUAGGACACGUCAGCCAUUCCGAGGUGCCCCUCUUCUGCCAGCUCUUUCCCCCUCCGAACCCAAGGGCCUGCAAGCAGCAGCCACGUAACGACCACCACCGCAAGAAGAAAAAAAACUUCUCAUACAACACAUUCCGUCCCAUCGUCUCACCAACCAUGAAGCGUUACUUUCCAACCACCAGAGAUGACCCCUGUCAGGGUCAAGGGUCAACUGACGCGGUGGACGGCGUUGGGGUCAGUAUCCAGAAAGGUCAAAGGUCAAAUGAGGAUUGGGAGAAGUUGUAUGGUUUUGAUCCGAGUCGUGAGUUGCUUAGCGUCGUGGCUUCGUCGUUUAUUCUGCCAGCAACUGUUCAGGAUCGUUUGAAGUCGCAGCGGAGUCAGCUGGAGUUCAGAACAGAGCAGCUGCAGAUGAUACUAAAAGUUGCAACAUUUCUAAUCAACACAAAGACAUUGGGUGAUCUAGAUAGAGCAGCCAAGCAGUAUGCUUCCCUUCCAGAAGCCAAAGACUUCCCAUACCAGUCCUUCAGUGAAAUGAUCAGCUUGGUACUUGUACUGCUUCUUAGACAUCUAUUGCAGCAUAGUAAAGGACUACCGGAUGUCUUAGUAGAUGGAGUCCAGUCCUUUGUGCAGGAACUCUUUAUUGCUGGUCAGACAAAGAUACAAGACAGAAACUUAGAGAUGGCGGUCAGAUCCUCCUGUGGAUUUAAUUCAUUUGAGUUGGCAGUCAGGGCUAACGCUACGUGUGUUGACAUGUUGGUGUGGGCGGUCAAGGAUGAACAAGGAGCUGAUAGUCUGAUUGGACGAAUGACAGAGAAACUGACUGGAUCUGAAGGGACACAUCACCUACUGGCUCAUGUACCCCUGCUGCUAUGCUGUCUAGAGGCCCAUGGCACACUCUCUGAAAAGUUCACCCUCCUCGCCCACCAGUCUGUCAGUUCCCUCCGAGAUGUCCUUCUCGCCCCCUCACGAAUUCUCACCAAACUACACAAGUACUGCCCUAAAGAGGGCACCAGACCAGAGAUCUCUCUGCGUACAGGCAGCCACCAUAGAGGGCGCCAUCACAGCGGAGGGAAGGAGGAGCCUACCUCUUCCGUGUUUGAGUUAAUUAGAGAUGCAACUAUUUAUAAUCUAUGCAGAUCCUUGAGAGCAGGACUUCAAGAGGAUUCAAACUGCGUACAAGCUUUCCUAGCCUCCGUCUCCAACACACUGUACCUCGCCGAGACCGGUGCCGCUAAAUCCACUCUGAAAGCACGGAAUGCUAUCCUGACGUUGGGCCACGUCGCUGUUGCGUUGAAAGACAUCCCCCAGACUAUGGAGAGCGUGCAGCAGAUAUUCCAGCAGCAGUUCUGUAAUCCGACAUCGCCGCUUGAUGUUCUGAUUGUUGAUAUGUUCGGCUGCAUGCUCCUUACAGGACAGUCUGGUAUCCACCAGGAAGUGACAAACAUGUUCAUGCAAAUGAGUAUGGAGGCCGGGUCCGCUGCCUAUACCCCAGACAACUCUGAGAAAUCGGACAGAUACAGGCACUGCUCGUUAGCCGUCAUGAAUGCUCUAGCCAACAUCGCUGGUUCAGUUCAAGGAGACCAGGAGCAGCAGGAGCUCCUAGUGCGUCUCUUAGAACUCUUUGUGAACCUAGGACUGGAAGGCAAGAGGGCCAGUGAGAGGUCUUCAUUUGCUAUUAAAGCAUCCAGUAGUGCAGGGAACCUAGGAAUCCUCAUCCCGGUCAUGGCAACUUUGUUGAGAAGAUUGCAGCCUAUCCGAGAUCCUAAACCAAGACUUCUGAAACUCUUCAGAGAUUUCUGGCUCUACACAGUAGUCAUGGGGUUUGCUGUCGAAGACUCAGGGUUGUGGCCGAGGGAGUGGUAUGAGGGUGUUUGUGACAUCGCUGUCAAGUCACCAUUACUCACUUCCAUCCAGGGUGAGCACCUGAGAUCCCAGCUCCAGUAUACAUCUGCCCUGAGGAACGAUAGCGUAUCUUAUAAUGACUUAAACGAGUUCCGCCAGACCAUCCUAACCCUCCUGCAGUCACCAGCCGAGAUCGUCCCUUACGUCAACAAGCUCAACUUUGCCCAGUGCACCUACCUCCUAUCAGUCUACCAGCUAGAGACACUACGUGUCAUGAACGUAGACUCCCCUAGCUUCUGUGCAAUGUUUGACUACUUAGAAGAUAAAGCCAUCCAGAAGGACAAGGCUGGCAUGUGGCAGUGCCAUUUGGUUGUUUCUGAUCAGGCCUUUGGAAUCUUCUUGGAUAUCAUGUCGAACAGGCCUCGUACUCCGGGUCGUGAAGCGGAUCUUGUCAGGCAUGCUCAGUUUCUCUUAGUCAAGUUUAAUCAUGUCCUGAAACAGAUCAGGAAGGUCGCUGAUAAAUACCUCUCCAAACUCGUUGACAGGUUUCCUCAUCUGUUGUGGAACGGCAGCGUCUUAUGGACCAUGCUUGACAUCCUACAACUCCUGUCACGCUCAGUCACUGUCGAUAAUAAACAAGAGGCUGAUGUCUACCCGGUACCCAACACGGAGUACCGACUAACUGUAAUGGAUACUAAUGAAUCCAGAGAGAGCAUUAUGCGUGAUUUCUCCGCUCGCUGUGGUGGAAUCUUUCAGGAGGCGUCUAAAUGGGCGCCUUCCGUCACACGCUCCCACAUCCAGCAGUAUCUGAUUCAUCUGGAGAACUCGUCUGACGGUCUGUCGCAGCGAGUACGCCUUGAGAGCGGUACAGAGAGCGCACUGCAAUGCGCAGGCUUCAGUCAGUGGCCCAUGGUUGGCGGGUUAUCGGAUAGUAUGCAAGGGGAUUCUAGUAAUUUUGUGUCAGCCAUGACGCUUCGCAGCAGGUUUACAGGCGAGGUUGCUGGUAUGCAAGCCAUCUAUAUGCACGCUGGUCCAGGUGGUCUUUGCUUGUCUAAAGUACUGAUUGACCAGCUGACCAAGGCCUGCCAGACCGGCAAAGAAGAGGCCUUGACUAAUGGCAUAUUCAGAGUGUGUGCAUUGCUGAUAUAUUCUGAAGGAUUGGAUCGUCACUUACUGCACAAUCUGUGCUGGGCACCUGUACGUGUCUUCACAGCUCAAUCUAUGGAGAUUGCAGUCGCAUGCUGGGAGUGGCUUCUGGCUGCCAGACCAGACCUAGAAAUGCAUUUUAUGCGUGAGAUGGCAGCAGCAUGGCAGAUGACUGUUGAACGUAGGAUGGGGAUGUUCUCACCAGACCCUGAUCAACCAAGCCCUCUAGCGGCAGCAAGUGGAGAGGAUAUACCCCUUCCUAACCCUCCAAAUACCGCACCUCAUGACAUAUGGACACUGUUUCUUGCUCAACGUUUGGAGAGCGUCAAAUACAGUCGCAUCGGCCUCGUUGAGAUCUUCACUACCAUGGUUCAUCGUUCACUCUCUAUGCGCGUAGGCUCAAAGCACAGCGCCCUCUGUCGGCACAUUGCUGCCAUCGGGCCACGCUUCAGACUUCUCUCGAUUGGUCUGUCCCUUCUGCAGGGGGACACGCUGGCUAACGGAACAGCUAAGAAUGUACUGAGGGAGAGGAUUUAUGCUGCCGUCUUUGAUUACUUCAGCAUGUUGCCAAUGUGUCCCACCCAGUCCCUAGUGGAACUCAAGGAAGUCAUCUCAACACUACUUAAGUUCUGGCAUCUAGUGCUGGCUGAAAAGAAAUACCUCAGAGUACCCAACCUACAGUCACAAGACUCGCCCGAUUCUGGGACCCUGUCAUCCGUUCCGACUGACCUACGUGCUAGUACAGAUAUCAGCAGCGGGAGGCACGGCCUCCAGCUCCAAGGCUGGAUGAACACCACCCCACUAGGCAGUAACAUGUCCGUCAUAUCAAAGAGAUCCUCCGCUGCUAGGAAGGGUGGAGAUAUUGGCUUGAAGUACACGAAAGCUUACAUGAGGAGACGUUUACUCAUUAUGUCUCUACUGUCCAAUGAGAUAGAGAGGCUAUGUACAUGGUACAACCCAAUGGACUCGCAGGAGCAGAAAAUCCCGACAGAGGAGAUGCUAGCUGGCUGGCGAGGGCAGCAGAUCAACGAACGUAAUUGGCGGGAGUUUGUGCGACUUGCAUGGGAGCUGUCACCUAAUCUUGCCUGCUGUUUACCAAACAGAUUCAAGAAUUCCGAGGCCCUAGUGAGGGAGGUUACCAGACUGGUUAGACUGGACCCAACAGUGGUCUGUGAUCAACCUUUUGCGAUUCACUUCCUGGUUACAGAGCAUAGUGUUGAAGCUGAUGUACCUGAGUUGAGUUACGCCUUAUGUUGGGCACCGGUUGCACCAGUCUUUGCUCUCUCCUAUUUCUCCAACCAAUUUGCGCCGCAUCCGAUCACGGCCCAGUAUGCUACGAGGGUUCUGCAAUUCUACCCACCCGAGUCGUUGCUGUUCUAUGUUCCUCAGCUUGUGCAGGCCGUUAGAUACGACACGUUUGGAUACGUCACAGAGCUGAUUCUGAUUCUAGCCCAGAAAUCCCAGCUAUUGGCUCAUCAGCUCAUCUGGAACAUGAAGACAAAUAUCUUCACUGACGAGGAUGCAAAGAAUCGAGACGCUGAAAUAGCAGACCAGCUUGAAGCCAUCAUGGAAAACAUCUUCAGUAACUUGUCCGGUCCAGCCAAAGCGUUCUACGAGAGAGAAUUUGAUUUCUUUGGGAAGAUCACUGCUAUCUCUGGUGAGAUCAGACCGUUUGCCAAAGGCCAGGAGCGUAAGAAUGCGUGCCUCAAGGCUCUGAGUAAGAUUCAACUACAGCCUGGAUGCUACCUACCAAGCAGCCCUGAUGCUACUGUCAUGGAGAUAGACUACAAAUCAGGCACACCUAUGCAAAGUGCGGCCAAGGCGCCCUUCCUCGCAAAGUUUAAGGUGAAGAAAUGUGGUGUGCAUGAGUUAGAGAGUAUCAGUUUAAGAGGAGGGGACCAGAGGGACGAAGAGAGAGGCAACAGUAGACCACUCAGCUGGGAAGCUUGUAUCUUCAAAGUGGGUGACGAUGUCAGACAGGAUAUGUUGGCCCUGCAGGUUAUUGGCUUGUUUAAGAAUAUCUUCCGUCAAGUUGGCUUGGACCUCUACCUCUUCCCGUACAGAGUUGUGGCUACUUCUCCAGGGUGUGGAGUUAUUCAAUGUGUUCCGGAUACAAAGUCACGAGAUCAGCUCGGCCGACAAACAGAUAUCGGCAUGUAUGAAUACUUCAUCAACAUAUAUGGUGACGAAACUACACCGGCUUUCCAGAAGGCGAGGAGGAAUUUUAUCCAGAGCAUGGCUGCAUACAGUUUGAUAGGCUUCUUACUUCAGAUCAAGGAUAGGCACAACGGCAACAUCAUGCUGGAUAAAGUCGGCCAUAUCGUGCAUAUAGAUUUUGGUUUCAUGUUUGAGAGUUCACCUGGUGGAAACAUGGGUUGGGAACCAGACAUCAAGCUGACUGAGGAGAUGGUGAUGAUUAUGGGUGGCAAGAUGGAUUCCCCGCCCUUCAAAUGGUUCAUGGAGCUUUGCAUUCAGGCAUACCUCGCCGUCAGGCCCUACCAAGAAGCCAUUGUCUCACUGGUUGCCCUAAUGCUGGAUACCGGUUUGCCAUGCUUCAGGGGACAGACUCUCAAGCUACUCAGAGCGAGAUUUAGUCCUACUCAGACUGAGCGAGAAGCAGCUUCCUACAUGCUGAAAGUCAUCAGAGACUCUUGCCUCAACGUCAGGACUCGAACCUAUGAUAUGAUACAGUACUACCAGAACCAGAUUCCGUACUAAAAACCAAUGCAUGGUCGCUAGAAACAGACAGCAUAGCGGCAGACUCAAGUCAGUGAGGAUGCACCUACAAUGAAGCUCUACAUUCUUCCUAGAAAUGUUUUAUACACUGGGUGCGUUCGAUUAGCUUCCCCUGGUCGACCCCCGUCUGCCCCUGGUACUUGCGAAUAGCUUUGACAUCAUUCCAGGGGCUCACCCGGGUCAGCCUCAAGUGCCCUCCUUGUGGAGUGGGUCACUUGGGGCGUGGCUCAGGUGCAUGACGUCACCACGAGAUUGCAGGUGUGACCGUUCGAUGAGCUCUUGUCAGGGGCUCACCCGAGUGAGCACCGCGCGUCGACACACAAUGAAGCUAAUUGACUGAUGCAGUCUGACGCACCCACUGAUUCCCCCAUCAUCAUCAUGUCGGUUUUAAGGCUGUUGUCCAGUCUGUUUUGAGUUGGCCUGUUUUCUCCCUAUGGCUCUCCUCCACUUGGCCCUGCCCAUCGACUCCUUGCGUCGACUCCAAGCAGUUGCAUGUCAUUUGACACCUCUGCCAUGUCUUGUGCGUUCACCCAACGGGCCAGGGCUUAUAAUGUCAUAGAGCUGCUUAACGGCGUAUUUUGUGCAGUUUUUAUGGCGUCGUCGUAAGCACAGGAAAAGGUGUGCAGACUUCUGAUGCUUACCGUAAGCAAAUGACGUCACAAAGCAAAUCAAUGGUGUGGGCACAUAUUGCCAACUUCAUUUGUAAAUUUACCCAAAUUUGUAAGAAAUACAUGUAAAAAGUCAGCAAAAGUAACUAUGGAUAUAACAGGUAUUAUUUUAGUAACAAUAAGUUUAUUUGGUGGUAAACUGUACACAAAGAUUAUAUUGUAAUGAAGGAUGAGAAUAUAUUUAGUUUAUUUUAACGGUUUUUUUUCAACCAAUCAAAAUAAAAUCAGUACAAAGUGUGGUAGAUGAGCUAAAGGCAGUGGACACUAUUGGUAGUUUCUCAAAAUAAUUAUUAGAAUAUAUUUUAAAACCUUACUUGGUAACGAG